AUGUGGCUGCACGUCAACACCACCCUCAGAGUGAAGGAGAGGAUCGCCGAGAAGGAGCUUGCCCGAGCUCACGCCUCUCUCUUCCCUCAGGCUUGGUGCACCAAGUGUCAGGAGGAGAAAUGCCAGCAGUGCUGCGCAGGAGACGCUCCAGGCACUCGCCAUCAGCCUCUUCUGGAUCCAACAUGGCACAGCCAGAAACUGUCCCCAAGGAAAAAGCGUGCAUGCUGUGCCACCAGACCCAGGCGGACACCGACAUCUGCGGGGACAAGAGAGUCAAGUUCAAGCUCUGUGUCCACACCUACUGCCAGAUCCUCGCCAGUGGCCUUUACCCACGAGAGAGCACUGGAAACUUUCUUGUUGGGGACACCAGGCGUAUCAUCGGGGAGGCAGCCAAGAAGGUGGGGACGACCUGGCAGGAGCAGGCAGCUUUGCACCACAAGGGGCUUGGGCCGCUCAUCCUGCUCCCCAGCAAAGAAGCCCCAGGCCCAGCUCACACAGGAGCCUCCUGUGCAGGCGCCUCUGGGGGCUCUGAGCUGGCACUGCCCACAUCCCACUCCCUGUCUGCAGACGCAGACCGGCCAACUCAGGGGGCUGCUCUGCUCUUUCCAGAGCUGCUUCGUCUGCUCCAAGAUGGGGGCCACCAUCACCUGCUGUGAGACGGGCUGUGACCGCACCUUCCACCUGCCCUGUGCCCCAGACGGCCAAUGUGUCACCCAGUACUUUGGGGCCUACAGGUCCUUCUGCUGGGAGCAUCGCCCACAGCAGGCACUGCAGCCACGUCCCAGCCAGGACACCACCUGCAGCAUCUGCCUGGACACCGUGGAAGACAAAAUCUCAUACAAAACCAUGGGGUGCCCCGCGUGCCAAGACGCCCGCUUCCACCGGCACUGCAUCCAGAGACUGGCUCUGCACGCUGGCACUGGCUUCCGAUGCCCGUGCUGCCUGAAGCAAGAGCCAUUCAUGACGGAAAUGCUCAUCAUGGGCAUCCGACUCUCUAAGAGACCCCCAUCGUGGCAGAGUGACCAAGAGGUCAGACCCUCCUCAGAUCAGAGGCACGGCCGCUGCGAUGCCUCAAGGUGCCUUUGUUUGCGAGGCAGGGAGCACGUGGAGGCAAACGGACCCUGGCAACUGUGGCUGUGCAGCUCCUGCGCUGCUGAGGGCACCCACAACCUCUGCUCCUCUUUGGAGAGCACCACCUGCUCCUGGGAGUGCAGCACCUGUGCUGCCGCAGGCACCGGUAGGCAUCAAAGCAUUUCCUGCCACGCAAUGCAGACAGGGGCCAGGAUGGGCCUGACAGCAGGACCUUCAGCACGUGGCUUGGCUCCAGGAGGGCUUCUGGAUACCUCAGUGGCCUCUCCUGCCUGCACCCGGGGCUCUCCUGACGACCUUCCUGCUGCCCCUCUUUGCAGGUUCCUCAGAGCUUGUGAGCCCCAAAACUUCCAGCCAGGAACUGGCUGCACUGUCCCAGAGCACAGUGCUCCUCAAGAGCAGCUCCUCCAUCAGCCCUCGACAGGCCUUGAAGCGGCACUACGCUGAGGAAGAAACACCAUCGUGGACAAUGUACAGCUCUCCUGCAAAACGUCGCAGCGUCGAGGAUGGGCCAGCACACAGUGCUGACACCUGCGAGCCCAGCACUUCCAGCCAGGCCGCAGCACAGCUGGCCCAGGGAGAGUGUCCUGUCAAGACCAGCAGCUCUUCCUCUUGCCCUCGGCAGGCCUUCAAACGGGCCUACCCAGAGGAAGACAAUGACUCUGGGAUAUCACACGGCCCACCCGCAAAACGCCGCAGGAUUGACAAUGGGCUGGCCCAGAGUGCCCAU